UGCUUUAACUUGAUACCCAUCAGCGUGCUUCUCCGGUACAUAUAGCAGCAGUCAGCUUCUUUUACAUAAACACCUAAAGGCUUCCAUAUGGUGCGGCCGCUUUGCAGCGGCUUCUCUUCCUCCCUCAUCUCUCCGCCCACCCAUGUCCUCCAUCGAAAAGCCGGUCAUGGCGCCUAUGCAGGGACCCCGUUUGGGAGAGGUCGAGCGGGAGGAUAACAAACCGACGUUCUAUCUGACGAAAGUAGAGGCGAAGCUGCUGGGUAUCGCAGGUGUCGGAUUCUUCCUGGAUGCUUAUGACCUGUUCGUCAUUAACCCGGUCGCCACGAUGCUUCAAUUUCGGCUUUACAACGGCCAUGCGUUGCCGGCAGGGCUCCAAGGUCUGCUAAAGGCAUCGGCCAACAUCGGGAGCGUCAUCGGACAGUUCGGAUUUGGGUAUAUGGCUGAUGCGUUGGGCCGCAAAGCUAUCUACGGGAAAGAGCUCAUGCUCAUCAUCUUCGCGACGAUCAUGUGUCUGACUACGCCGACCGGGCGAAUCAGCGCCGACGCGUCGCUCAUCUACCUCACCGUCUUCCGGAUCAUCCUCGGCAUUGGCGUGGGUGGGGACUAUCCCAUGAGCGCAUCCGUGACGACGGACCGCGCGGUCCUCCGCAAGAGGGGCACGCUGCUGGCUUACAUCUUCGCGAACCAGGGCUGGGGCUCGCUCUUUGGAUCCGUGGCGUUCAUCGUGACCCUGGCGUGCUACAAACAUGUGAUGCUGGACGAGGGCAAAACGAGCAAGGUCGAUGGGGUCUGGCGGAUCGUUGUCGGAAUUUCCCUCAUCCCUGCGUUUGGGACGCUGUACCAGCGGCUUACUCUCCCCGAAUCGACGCGAUACGUCGAAUCUCAGCAGACCGACCUCUCCUCGGAUCUCAAAAAGUCACAGGGCAGUGAUUCAGAGUCUGCGGAACCCGUGGUGCGGGAAAACGUGGUAACCAAGAAGGCCCAUUUCCGAGAGUUCUUGAUAUACUUCAGAGAAUGGCGGCACCUGAAGCUCUUGAUUGGAACGGCUUCAUGCUGGUUCCUCCUGGACAUCGCCUUCUACGGGAUCAAUCUCAACCAAAAUGUCGUGUUGCAGCAGAUCGGAUUUGACGGAAAGACGGGGACCAGUGACUGGGAGAGACUGUUCAAGCUCGGCAUUGGUGAUGUGAUCAUCACGGCUCUCGGAUUCGUGCCUGGUUACUACGUCACCGUUCUCACCGUUGAAACGCUGGGCCGCAAGUUCAUCCAAAUCCAAGGGUUCCUGAUGGCGGCUCUUUUCUUGGGUAUUCUGGCUGGCAAGUUCCACGAGUUGAGCAAACCGGCGUUCAUCGUCUGCUUCGCCUUCCUCCAAUUCUUCUUCAACUUCGGCGCUAAUGCCACGACUUACCUUUACCCUGCUGAACUAUUCCCGACCAAGUUCCGCGCAUUCGCGCACGGAAUGUCCGCCGCCUGCGGAAAGCUCGGUGCAAUCAUCAGCGCCUUGGCGUUCAACCAGCUCAGCGUCUCGAUCGGGACGCCCAAGGUUCUCUGGAUCUUCUUUGCGUGCUGCAUUCUCGGCGCAUUCUUCACGCUGCUCCUGCCGGAGGUCAAAGGUCGCGAUCCGGAUGCCGUAUUGGCAGCAGAGAUGGCCGCGGAGGGUAAGUUGUAGUUGUGGCGGUGGGCCCUGGGGUAAUACCCUGAAAUUGUGCCAUGAUCUCAAGUCGUACCCGAAAGUGUACUCGGGUAUGACACCCGGGUUCAGUAUCAAGUGGGAAGUCAAAUGAAUACAGUUUAUUUUCGGCACGGCCUA